AAGAACCGAACAGGGGAAAUCUGACCGAAUUUCGAUGGUAAAUAUUUACGUUUUUGCAACAAAAAUAUGUGAAAAGUGUGCCCGAAAAAGCGCCCAACGUAAUCAAAAUGAAUUUAGCGCGGAAUAGAUGAAAUUUGAUGGUUAAAUUACGAUUUGAAAAAUAGUGAAUCUGCUCGUCUGUCUCGUUUUGCUGCGGUUCCAUUUUGGCAGACCGAGCAGAAAGCAUUCGUCGUAUGUGCUUGUGUGCGUGCUUGUGCAAACAGAAAAAAAGGAAAAAGUACCGUGGCCUUCCCGAUACUCGUUUCUCAGGAAAGGGUCUCGAGCGGGAAUUUGUAAUAUUUUUUUUUACUGAAACACCAUACGACAAAUUUGUGUUAAAAAUAUUAUUUUGAAAAUAACCAUCGCAGGACUAUAGGAGCGUGCUGUGAAGGGGUUUGUGACUCGUUUGCUGAACUUUUCCAUGCCUGUACAAAUGGUUUGCGACUCAACUUCGCUAGUGAGUGCAGCGCUCCGUGACUCGCUUGGAUCGUCUUCUGCUUCUGGCAGUAGCGGUAUAGGCACAAUAUCUGGCGGAAGUAACAAUGGCCAAUCUUCGACCUCUCUAUUCGGUGCUAAUUCGUCGAGCAACAGUUCCGGAUUUCUCGAACCAGAAGAGGAGAGCAUCGAUCGCAUAGAAAAUACGCUAACGGCUGCCAUCCGUCGGAAUCAGCUCCGUCCGAUCCGCUACGAGGAGGUACCACACUGUAGCAACGACCUGGACAGCCUCAGGUCCAAAUAUACCGUGCUGAAAACCACCGCCAGCAGCGGUAGCACAAGCGAUUCUACGGGUGUUUGUGGGACUGGAGCGACUAACGGAAGCACCACCAACACCAACGGAAUACUGAUGAAUGGCGGUAUUCAUUCGACGAUGACGAGCAAAGCGACCACUGCUGACACUUCCAGUGGUGGCGGCAGCGGCGGCGGUAGUGGUGGAGGCGGCCAGCACAAUGGUAGUUCGGCUAGCGGAACGAAGGACCACCUGCCGACGCCAAAACGCGUCCUGUAUCCUCGUGAUUGCGUGCAGCUCGGCUGGAAGGCUAGCGGUCGGAAGUGGCUCACCGGGGCGGGCAUGAUCAACGUCGGUAACACGUGCUACCUUAAUUCUACCCUUCAGGCGCUGUUCCACGUUCCAGCCAUCGCCAACUGGCUCGCAUCGGACAGCAACCAUCGCGAGCGUUGCGACGACAGAAAUGAUGGAUGCAUCAUUUGUGCGAUGGCAAAAACGUUGAUAGCCUCCCAGGGCAAUCAGGGCGCUAUCAAACCGUAUCUGGUGUACUCCAAACUACGGCUGGUUUGCAAACAUUUGGUUCCCGGUCGCCAGGAAGACGCCCACGAAUUUCUACGCUAUCUGAUGGAGGCCAUGGAAAAGAGCUUCCUGUCUCGGUUCGAUAAAAGUAAGGAACUCGACCAGUACAGUAAGGAAACGACCCCGCUGAAUCAGAUCCUCGGCGGCUAUCUCCGAUCGGAGGUAAAGUGUCUAUCCUGUCAGCACACCUCGACGACAUUCCAGCACUUUGAGGAUCUACUGUUGGACAUCAGAAAAGCAAGUUCAAUUGAGGAAGCACUCGAUGUGUACUUUGCUCGUGAGCGAUUGGAAGAGAUGCAAUACAAGUGUGAAGCUUGUAAAAAGCGGGUGGCUGCAACGAAACAAUUCUCGCUGGAAAGAGCACCAUUCGUGCUCUGCAUCCAGCUGAAGCGUUUUUCAAUGUUAGGAGGCAAAAUUAACAAGCAUGUGGAGUUGAGAAGCCGACUGGACCUAACGCCCUACUCAUCCAAAUCGGCAACAUCCAGCGGAAAGUUAACGUACAAGCUGGCGUCGAUGGUUACCCACUUAGGAAACACGCAACAUUGCGGCCACUACACCGCCAUUGGCAGCACAGAAAGCGGCGCAUAUUACGUGUUCGAUGACAGCUCCGUGAGGCCAAUCUCAGUACAGAACGUCACCAGCACGAACGCUUACAUUAUAUUCUACGAACUGGAAAGUGUUCAGAACGGUAUCAAAACUAGUGCUAGUAGCACUGCCACGUUGGCAUCGUUUGCCAACGCCAAUGGGAGUUCACCCCGAAAGAUCGGAAACAGUGGUUCAACGGCAGGUGGAAACUUCAGCACUAACUCAUCGCCCCUCCGACUGGUUGGGUCUAGCGGCAGCUCUAGCCACAACCCUCUUUUCCCGAGCAAACUGGAGAACCGGACGAACUUUAUUGGUCCAAUGUUGCCCCAGCAGACACAGCAGAAACCGAAAAAGUUAGUUAACGGUUUGAGCCAUCACCACUCGAACGAUGAGAACGAAGCGGAUGCAAUGGUUUCAUCCAGCACUGCCAGACUUUCGCCGGUAUCGUCAACAACAUCCUCCCUGUCCAGUCCUUCGCCAACUAAAAACCCAACACCGAACAGUCCAUCCAACAGCAAGCUGGUGAAAAAUCCCCUCCUCCAGAGCCCCAUCAGCGUGAAAAACAAAUUCGGCAUGACGAUUACCACCUCAAACUCAACCUCUGCCAUGUGCAACGGUAUCAGCGGUACCAACAUCAACUUUAAAUCUUCUUCCAUAACUUCUGCCUGUUCUUCUUCAUCUUCGUCAUCCACACUACCAUCAAUGCCUAAACUUUGUAAUAGUCCCGCAGUCACGAAGAGUACUGGCGCCGAGGAAAAGCCUUUCGAAGGAGCAAACUCUGCCACCGCCGGUGGUGGUCAAGGACUCAAGGGUGUUACUUUCUCAACCGCGACGCCAGCCGGCGUCGGGAAGAACACGCACUUCAACGGUCAUAGCAGCAACAGCAGCAAAUCGGUCAGUCUAGUUCCGUACGAUGCCGACGACGACGAAGACGAUGACGAGGGUGACGAUUGUUACGUCAAACGUCGUUCUACCGAGCAGCAGCAGCAGGACAACGAUAGUGAAGAGGAUACCGAACGUUUCCAUUCAAAUGCGCGACUGGGCCCGAUUGCGAAGAAAAACCUUUCGGAAUCCCCUGAAGAAGAAGAAGAAGAAUCCUCCCGUUCGCCCAAAUCGCCACCGGUGAUCAAAACGAAAACCGGUCUGUGGAAGGUGAGUGAUAACAAUGUUCCAACCAGCAGCAGUAGCAGUAGCAGUGCAAAUAGUAGUAAGAGCGCCUCUCCCGCGACGUCCGGCAAUUCAUCUCCGGCUAACUACAGCCACACCAACGGUACCAGCGGGGGCCCGUUGGCGUCCGGUUAUCAAACCAAUGGCAAUGGCAAUGGCCGUCAGUCGACGAACGGCUUCAACAGUUACAGCAACGGCUACAGCCGGGGAGGCAACGACGUCGUAAAUCAGCUGCAAAAGUUUUCGCACCGUGGUUACGGUGCCCCGGUACGUAGCUGGAACGGUCAACAGACCAACAUGGAGCGCGAACUGCUUAACGAACGGCGCGAAGAACGCAAACGACAGGUUGAAGACGACCGCGAAACGGAAAUGGACAGAGGUCGCAUAAAGAAAGUAAAAACGAAUUUCUACCAGCGUGACCAGCAGCAACAACAGCAGCAGCGUGUUGGUCCACUGCAAAAUCCGUUCCAAAACUAUCAAAGUCAGCUGAUGAACGGUACAGGCGGCGGAGGAGUUAACAAUAGGAAUAAGUGGAACAAUCACUCCAACGGCUUCGGUGGCGGUGGUGGUGGGAACAAAUACGGAGGUCAGCACUAUCAGCACAGAAACAACUACCACAACAACUACCAAAAUGGGCGCAACUCUCAGUCCGGGGGGUUUCGAAACGGUGGGCGUCACGGUCGCAAUGGGUUUUAUAAUAAGUCGAAUCAUCACCAUCAGCGUGAUAAUGGCAGUGGCAAUGGCUUUCAUAGCCGAUAGGCGGCUACUACUAGAACGACGACGACAACGACGAAAGGCGUGUGGAUCGACGUUGUUGCAGGACGCUGCCGCACUAGACUAGACAAAACAAAACAAAACAAACAAAAAUGCAUAUUUCCGUUUCAGCUGAGAACGGAAAAGAAGAUGCUAAAAGAACACAACGCGAGAGAGUAUAGAUUGAUUCGAUUAAUCAAAUUUUACUUUUAGUCAUAGUUCCUUUCCCCUCCGACUGCUGCUACCUAAUUAUGUUUUGUUGUAUAAAUGUGUAAUUAAGCGAGAGCCUUUGAAAAGGGGAACCAAACGCGAGUGAUUUUUCUCUGUUGACGACGAAUGCAACGCUAUCCUUGUCCCAAGUUCCGACAUAAAUCCACCACCAGAGAACGCAUUUUUUCUACACUUGCUCUAGUACCUAGUAGUAAUCACAGCACAGAUUGAGUUGUUUCUUAUCGCUUUCACUUUCUCUCUCUCUCUAGAGUUGAUCCACUUUUUGCCUUUAUCUUUUUAAUGUUCAAGGGAAUCCAAUGAUUAAAACAAGGCGAAUUUGUACAUAGACUAGAAUCAAUAAUUCCUUUUAUUUGGAACCAGAAGGGAUUAAGAAACCAACGCUAAACAGAUGUACAUACGUCGAAUAACUUACACGCAGAGAAGGAAAGUAAGAAAAUACCUCUUAAAACAAGCUAUUUUGGAGCAAACAAAAUAAAGAGAAGUACAUUUAUACCUGCAACUGCUGAAACAGUUUAAUAAAAGUAGACUAAAUAUUAGCAAUUAUAACGUCAUAUAUCGUACGCAUACCUACAAGAUUAACCGAAGUAGCAAGUAAUCGAAAUUUUCGCGAUGCGCGACGCUAGGGGUUCUUUCUACUGGGGAAUGGUAACCGUGUUGAACCAUCAUUAUUAGUUUUGUUUUUUUUUAUGUCAAUCAACAUCAACGCUUAAACUAAGUCAUAAUGCGUUCUUCUUUUUUUUCGGUUAGCGCGUGAUUCGAAAUUGUCAAAGUUCCUUAAACAUAACGGAACAGAUGUCUUUAUUUUUCUUAGUUUUUAUUUUCUCGCAAAACAUUUAUCAGCAGCAAAUUGGAACAAAAAUGUAAGGAAUAAAAAGUGAUUCAUUUGAAAAAAAGAAAGAAUUCGAAAGAUUUACUGGAUUCACGCAUAUAACAGUGCAUUGACGUAAAAGAAAAACUAUGUCCAACCACUAACAGCAACAACAACAAGAUUAAUUUUAUACACAACGUAGGAUAUACACAUUGAGAACGCCAGUAAUCAAUCGAAAGUUUAAAGUGAACACGUACGUUAUUGGCUGCUUAAGAGGAAAACAAAUAAAAACAAAACUGCAAAAUAACACAAACACCCGUGGGACACACAGUGAUUUGCCAACGAUUAUUGCGUAGAACGAAGAAGGACGCGCAAAGCCUGGCUGGAAUGCGUCUUUCGCGACUUGACUUGAGCGUGGGUGGGAAGGAAAACAGAGGAAAGAAACUAGUUACUGUAAAUAGACUAUCUAAUAAAUUAUAUAUUACCUUCAUUGUCAUGAAAUAAAGAGAGAAAACAAAAACUAAGCGCUAAAACUGAUAAACCGUACACAGUGGGUAACAAAGGCAAACCUUGCUGGAAAGCUGCAAGAGCAAACGGCAGAAAAAAAACAAUUGAAUGUAAAUUAUUACGUAAGUUGAUUAAUAAAGUAUAUAUAAGUUAGU